AUGGUCCCGAGAGCGCCCUCAAGAGAGGCGUUGACCCUGCUCAAGCAUUCAGUCCGACCCUCAGUAGUCGUUCGAUCGCAAACACAACGCUGCCUCCUGUCGUCCACCACACGUCCUACCCUGCCAUCGCACGCGCAGUCUCAAAUUCCUCAACAGUCAAUUCGGAACACAGCUACUUUUACACAUUCCCACCAUGCCGAAGCUGUCUCCGUCAUCCCUACGACAGUCGAUACGAGCAAUGCAGACUUCAAAGAGAACAAGCGCCAAAUGGACGAGGCAACCGAGAACCUAGUCAACCUGCAUACCAAGAUCGCGCAAGGCGGACCCCAAAAGGCUCGGGACAAGCACAUACAGCGAGGCAAGAUGUUGGUCAGAGACAGAAUAUCUGCUCUGAUUGACCCGGGCACGCCGUUCCUCGAAUUGAGCCAGAUGGCAGGUUACGACAUGUACGGCGAAGACGAUGUGCCAGCCGGCGGCAUCGUCACGGGCAUUGGCACAGUCAACGGCGUGCAGUGCAUGGUUGUUGCAAACGACGCUACGGUCAAGGGAGGUACAUACUACCCAGUCACAGUGAAGAAGCAUCUGCGAGCCCAGACGAUCGCGCAAGAGAACAGGUUACCUUGCAUUUACCUUGUCGACUCUGGCGGUGCGAACUUGCCUAACCAAGCAGACGUCUUUCCUGAUGUCAACCACUUUGGUCGCAUCUUCUACAACCAGGCGCGCAUGUCUGCCAUGGGCAUCCCGCAGAUUAGUGUUGUCAUGGGACCAUGUACCGCAGGUGGUGCGUAUGUGCCUAGUAUGAGCGACGAAAACAUCAUUGUAGAGAAUCAGGGUCACAUUUUCCUCGCAGGUCCUCCGCUGGUCAAGGCAGCGACUGGUGAAGUGGUCUCAGCAGAAGAUCUGGGUGGAGGCAAGCUUCACAGCGAGGUCUCUGGUGUUACCGACUAUCUCGCAGUUGAUGACGCACACGCGCUUGUCCUGGCGCGGAGGAGCGUGGGUAACCUCAACUGGCAUCGCAAUCAGACUGUCACUCAGCAGCCUGCAUUCCAAGAGCCCCUCUACGACCCUCAGGAGCUGUCUGGUAUCGUCGGUACCAACCUACGCCGUCAGAUUCCCAUCCACGAGAUCAUCGCUCGUAUCGUCGAUGGCUCGUCUUUCGAUGAGUUCAAGCCGUUGUACGGCUCCACGCUUGUCACGGGUUUUGCAAAGAUAUAUGGUCACCCGGUGGGCAUCGUAGCCAACAACGGCAUUCUCUUCAGUGAGAGUUCGCUCAAAGGCGCGCACUUUGUCCAAUUGUGCGGAAAGCGACACAUCCCUCUCAUCUUCCUGCAGAACAUCUCCGGCUUCAUGGUCGGUCAGGACGCUGAGAAAGGCGGCAUUGCAAAGAACGGCGCGAAGCUCGUAACGGCUGUGAGCUGUGUUGAUGUACCCAAGUUUACUGUCGUUGUAGGAUCUAGUGCUGGCGCUGGAAACUACGGCAUGUGCGGCCGCGCGUACUCGCCACGUCUCCUCUUCACCUGGCCCAACGCAAAGACCUCGGUCAUGGGCGCGGAACAGCUGUCGUCCGUCAUGGAAGCCGUUGGCAAGAAAGUGGAUCCUGCGCUAAAGGCACGGAUCGAGCACGAGAGCGAAGCGACAUUCGGGUCGGCAAGGUUAUGGGACGAUGGGAUCAUUCCACCGGAACAUACACGCAGGGUGCUUGGCAUGGGAUUGCAGAUGGCGUGUGGUGGGCAGAACAAGGGCGUGGAGAAGGAGAGCACUUGGGGUGUAUUUAGGAUGUAA